AUGGAGAAGACUCAAGAAACAGCCCAAAGAAUUCUUCUAGAACCUUGUAAGUACUUACCUCAGUUACCAGGUAAACAAGUGAGAACCAAACUUUCACAGGCAAUUAAUCAUUGGCUAAAAGUUCCCGAAGACAAGCUACAGAUUAUCACUGAAGUGACGGAAAUGGUGCAUAAUGCCAGUUUACUCUUUGAUGAUGUCGAAGACAACUCAAAACUCCGACGUGGCUUUCCAGUGGCACACAGCAUCUAUGGAAUUCCAUCUGUCAUCAAUUCUGCCAAUUAUGCACAUAUUCUUGACCUAGAGAAAGUCUUAACCCUUGAUCACCCAGAUGCAGGAAGCCCCGCAGUAAAGCUUUUUACUCGCCAGCUUUUAGAACUGCAUCAGGGACAAGGCCUAGAUACCUACUGGAGGGAUAAUUACACAUGUCCCACUGAAGAAGAAUAUAAAGCAAUGGUCCUGCAAAAGACAGGAGGACUAUUUGGAUUAACAGUAGGUCUCAUGCAGUUGUUCUCUGAUUACAAAGAAGAUUUAAAGCCACUGCUGAAUACACCUGGGCUGUUUUUCCAAAUUAGGGAUGAUUAUGCUAAUCUACACUCCAAAGAAUAUAGUGAAAACAAAAACGUUUGUGAAGAUCUAACAGAGGGAAAGUUCUCAUUCCCUACUAUUCAUGCUAUCUGGUCGAGGCCUGAAACCACCCAGGUGCAGAAUAUCUCGUGCCAGAGAACCGAAAACGUAGAUAUUAAAAAAUACUGUGUACAUUAUCUUGAGAAAGUAGGUUCUUUUGAAUACACAAAGAAUACUCUUAAAGAGAUUGAAUCUAAAGCCUAUAAACAAAUUGAUGCAUGUGGUGGGAACCCUGAGCUAGUAGCGCUAACAAAACACUUAAGUAAAAUGUUCAAAGAAGAGAAUGAAUAA